UGCACUGAACUUCACAGUUCACACCCCUUUCCUAAAACCCUCCGCCAUCAUCUAGUGAGAGAAGCAAUCUCUCAUUUCUCACACUAAAUCUGUUAGGGCAAAUUCCAUCCACAUUGGCGUGCAUUGCUUCACUCAGAUCUUUUUUAUCUUCUCGUCCGAAAAUUUGCAUGUUAGCUAUGGCAACAACUGCUGCUAGCGGUCUUCAAAUUCCUGUUGUUGCUAGGUCAUGCACUCGCAAAACAUUCAAGGCUAGUGUGACAACUGUAGGCGCUAGUUCUAAUAGAGCGCAAUAUAGAAAUCUUGCCAGCACUUGUCAUGUUUCAUCUGUUCAAAGCUUUUGGCGAAGUCUCCCUUUGCAUCAAGCAAAACACGAACAGUUUUCAACUAAGGCUAUGUCUGAAUCUAGCGAAAGCAAGCCUGUAUCAUCAGGCUUAUCGCUUGAUCUAAGAGGUAAAAGGGCCUUUAUUGCUGGAGUAGCAGAUGACAAUGGCUAUGGAUGGGCUAUUGCAAAAUCUUUAGCUGCUGCUGGUGCUGAAAUCCUUGUUGGGACUUGGGUGCCUGCUCUGAAUAUUUUUGAAACUAGCUUUCGUCGAGGGAAAUUUGAUGAGUCUCGAGUGUUGCCUGAUGGUUCGCUGAUGGAAAUUACCAAAGUAUAUCCCCUUGAUGCCGUCUUUGACACUCUUGACGAUGUACCUGAAGAUAUAAAAACGAACAAGCGUUAUGCAGGAUCAAGUAAGUGGACUGUUCAGGAAGUUGCUGAAUCUGUGAAGGAAGAUUUUGGAAGCAUUGACAUCCUUGUACACUCACUCGCAAAUGGGCCAGAAGUAACUAAACCUCUACUUGAGACAUCCAGGAAAGGGUAUCUUGCAGCAAUAUCUGCAUCAAGUUAUUCCUAUGUUUCCUUGCUAAGACAUUUUGUUCCAAUUAUGAAUCCAGGUGGAUCAUCAAUUUCUCUCACAUAUAUUGCUUCUGAAAGGAUCAUCCCUGGUUAUGGUGGAGGGAUGAGUUCGGCAAAAGCUGGCUUGGAGAGUGAUACUAAAGUACUUGCUUUUGAGGCAGGAAGAAAACACAAGAUUAGAGUAAAUACUAUAUCAGCUGGACCUUUGAGAAGUCGGGCUGCAAAAGCAAUAGGCUUCAUAGAUACAAUGAUCGACUACUCGAUGGCCAAUGCACCACUUCAGAAAGAACUAUCGGCUGAGGAAGUGGGGAAUACUGCUGCAUUUUUGGCUUCACCGUUAUCGUCUGCAAUAACCGGAGCAGUUAUCUAUGUUGACAAUGGUUUGAAUGCAAUGGGAGUGGGUGUUGAUAGCCCUGUUUUCAAAGACCUCAACAUUCCAAAGGGUCAUUAGAACUGACUUUUUAGAGGUAAAAGAUGUUUAUUAUUAUUAUGAAAUAAUCUUAAAUCUUGAUGCUGUUAGCAUCUGUUUCUCUGAAUAAUGUUUGGUUUUUAACGAGGGCAUUUUGGUUUGGUUUGAUUGUUUUAGAAACACUGUAAUCUUGAUGUAACUUUGAAUUUGAUAAAUUUUCACAUGACAGUCCACUUGCUAGAUA